AUGACGAAGAAGAAAAAAGUUGAUGAAGAUUGUAGCGAUUCUAAUCAAGCAAAUCCUCCAAUAGGUGAAGAAGAACAAUUUCAAUUUCUAACCCCUCCACCGGAGAAAUUACUUGGAAUGACUUAUAUGAGGUAUCCUGAUAGGAUGAAGAAUAAGAGAGGGAAUAACUUAACUCAGAUUAAUCAUACGCCCACCCCUCGUGGUGACAAGCAUUUAGGGGUGGAUUAUAGAGGUAUCCACAAGGAUGAGAAGAAGAAGAAGAAUCAAUUUGAGAUUAGGCUUAGAGAACCAUCUGUAGGUAUCUAUGGGGUUGAAUUAGAAGGAUCUGAACCCAAUGAACAAGAAAUUGAAGAAUUGGGUGAAGAAUAUGGUAAUGUUCGUACUCUAGUGGCAAGUUCAGGAUUAGGCCAUGGAGUUCUGAAUACCCAAUCAGAGUAUGAUAGUGUUGUGGUAUCUUCCUUCAGGGAACGAUAUUGGCUAGAAACCGAUACGUUUCAUCUCUCAUUUGGAGAGAUGACAAUAAUACCGGACGAUGUGAAGCAAAUUCUUGACUUGGAAGUUGAAGGAAAAUCCGUGUAUGAAGGUUUUGAUAACAACAUGUCUUGGACUGAUCUUUACAGCCUUGUUGAAGAAACACUUGGGUGGGAUAAAGACGAUACCGAGAUGGAGUUUAUGUUGGCCGGUGGUUAUGACCCUUCGCAACCACACAAGGUUUCCAAGGUAAAGAAGUUGUUGUUGAAUAAUUUGAAGACGAAGUUUGGAGACACCCUCAAAAAGCAAUUGGCGGGUGAGGUGAUAGAUGAGACAAGAGCUAGGCGUACAGCCAAAACAUAUUUGUUGUAUUCUAUUGGGACUGUAUUCAUGCCCGAUAACUCGGGAAAUAUGGUGAAUGUUCAUUACCUACAAUUGUUGAAGGAUUUGAAGAAGACCAGAGAGUAUUCGUGGGGCACCGCCACACUUGCAUAUUUACUUGAAAGUCUAAGAAAGGCCUCGAGGGUUGGAGCUACUGAAAUUGCUGGGAAUGUUGCGCUUCUAAUGGCAUGGGUGCAUGACCACUUUCCGAGCCUAAGACCUUCUACUGAAUGGGAAGAAGAUGAUGAUAGACCUACAGGAAAGAAGUUUAUGUUCACUGGUAUACAAAAGAGGAACAAAGAAGAGAGGCUCAUUCAAGUGAGGCAGGAAAUAGCUGCUUUCACUGUUAAAGAUGUUACCUUUGAUCCUUAUUUGAGGAUUUAA